AUGCAAUCGCUCGCCGAAGAGCUUAAACCGGAAGCAUGGACAGUUUCUUCAAACUCGGCUUUAAAGAUUUCGCUCGUCGACAAAAACGGAGCUGCCCAGUUUAAUCCCACUUUCACUUAUCCCAUAUUCGGCGAUUCAGAACAAAUUUUUGGCUACAAGGAUCUGGAAAUACAUCUAGCGUUCGAUUCCGUAACCUUCAAACCAUUUGUGAACGUUAAGUAUACCAAAAAGCUUAAUGAUGAGGUGAUAGAUGUACAAGAGAAACUACUGGAGUUUUUGCCCAGAGAAGAUGUCAUAGUGAAGGACGAGGCUAAGUGGAUUGAAACCUUUGAAAUCGAGCAAAAGGAUUUUAAUCUUUCUGAUGUAUCUAGUCUCCUUGCGGCAUUUUCACACGAAGGUCACCCAUUUGAAGUCCGUAAAAUGAAGCUCGAUUCGGAAGCUGCCAAACGAUUUCAUCGGAGAAUACAGAUUUUCACACUACUUUUCAUCGAAUCCGCUUCUUAUAUCGAUGAAAAUGAUAGCAACUGGGAAUUCUACUUCACAGUAAAUGCAUCGACUAAGCAAAUCAUUGCAUUUAGCACAGCUUACAGAUUUUGGAAAUAUUUAUCGGCAGCGACGUUUGAUGCUCAUGAGCAGUAUCAAUUCUCUUCUAAAGUCUCACAAUUCUUAGUUUUUCCGCCGUACCAGAAAAACGAGCACGGUACUAACUUAUACAAUGCCAUAUUUGAUUAUUGGCUUGGCGACGAAUCAGUAGUGGAGAUAAACGUUGAAGAGCCCAACGAGGGCUUUGAUCUACUUCGUGAUAAAUGUGACCUUCGCAGAGUGCUCUGUUCUGAACUCCCCAACAGAAUUCCACAUGACUUGCCCCUUCCUGAGGAUUGGAUAUCGGCCACACGCAGUGACCUGAAAUUAGAAAAGAGACAGUUUAUGAGACUUAUUGAGAUGCUUCUGCUGAAAAACAACUCUCCAAAUUUCAGACUUCAGGUUAAGAAGCGGAUUUGGGAUCGAAAUUUCGAUGUUUUGAUGGAAUUAGACAAGUCAACUCGAAAUGAUAAGAUUCAAACUGCAUUUGAGUCAGUGAGAGAUGAAUACGCAGCUAUUCUUAGUACCGUGACGAAAAGAAACCAUGAUGAGGUAGAUUUCGAUGAGAAUAAAUCCAAGAAAACUAAAAGCAAUUAG